AUGCAUGAGCACACGCCCCCCUCAACUCCCCAAGACACAGAGGCCGACACAGCCGUCGAAGAAAUUACCGAGCCAGUCCUCCAACUGGCCCGUACCUUCUCUCUAACUCGUACAUUCUCCGCGCUCUCAACCAACAUCAACCCGUUCCUCGCCCAAGACUCCCGCCUUGACCCCAAGUCCCCAGAGUUCCAACCUGAAUCAUGGGUCAAGGCCUUGCUUCACGCCUUUUCCAAAGACCCGAGUAAGCAUCCGCGGUAUACAGCGGGUGUAUCCUGGCGCAAUCUUAGUGUGCAUGGAUUCAGCGAUCCGACUGAGUUUCAGAAAGAUGUCUUCAAUAUUAUUUGGAGAAGUCCCCUUGCUGCGCUUGAUUGGUUUGCGAAGAGGAAGCAGAAGGUCAAGAUUAUCUCGGAUUUUGAUGGGCUUGUUAAGAGUGGAGAGUUGCUUCUUGUUCUGGGUCGUCCGGGGAGUGGCGUUUCUACACUUCUCAAGACAAUCGCUGGACAUACUCACGGGCUACAUCUCGACGACGCAUCCGAGUUCAACUACCAAGGUAUCCCUUGGGGUCUAAUGCACCGCAACUUCAGAGGAGAAGUAAUCUACCAAGCCGAAACAGACAUCCACUUCCCCCAACUGACCGUCGGCGAUACCCUCCUCUUCGCAGCCCUCGCCCGCACGCCCCAACAUAUCGUCGCCAACAUAUCCCGCCACGUCUACGCUGAACACAUGAGAGACGCUGUGAUGGCCAUGUUCGGUAUCUCCAACACCCUCAACACCAAAGUAGGAGAUGAUUUUGUUAGAGGUGUUAGUGGCGGUGAGAGAAAGAGGGUUAGUAUUGCAGAGGCGAUUCUGAACCAGAGCGCCAUUCAAUGUUGGGAUAAUAGCACGAGGGGGCUGGAUAGUGCCACGGCGUUGGAGUUUGAGUUCGAUAAAGUCCUCCUCCUGUACGAAGGCCGCCAGAUCUUCUUCGGCCCGACAAGCGAAGCGACACGAUACUUUACCACGAUGGGCUUCGAAUGCCCUCCGCGCCAAACAACCGCCGACUUCCUAACAUCCCUCACAAGCCCCGAUGAACGGAUCGUGAGACCUGGCUUUGAGAAUAAAGUACCUCGCAGUCCUGAUGAAUUCGCAGACGAGUGGAGAAUGAGCCAACACAGGGCUUGGCUUCUCAGCGAUAUCGCUGCAUUUGAGAUCCAGUAUCCUCUCGACGGUAAACAAGUUGAGACGCUCAAGGGUAUUAGGAGGGCCCAGAAGGCUAAAUUUACAUCUGACAAAAGCCCCUUUACCAUCUCGAUCCCGAUGCAGAUCCAGCUGUGUAUUGGUCGAGGUGUCAAGAGACUUCUCGGUGAUAAGACCUUUUUCGUUGUUACUAUUGCAGUCAAUUUUGUCAUGUCGCUUGUUCUUGGCAGUGUUUACUUCAACCUACCUAGCACGGCCGAGGCUAUGAACCAACGGGCCUCGGUAAUCUUCUUCGCUAUAUUGUUCAACGGCCUGAGCAGUGCUCUGGAAAUCCUUGCUCUCUAUGUCCAGCGCCCGAUCGUCGAGAAACACGCAAGAUACGCUUUAUACCGCCCUCUUUCCGAGUCCGUCUCUUCCAUCAUCUGCGAUCUACCAUCCAAGAUCAUUUCAACCCUCGCCUUUAAUAUUCCGUUAUACUUUAUGGUGCACCUCCGUCGCGAUGCCUCAGCCUUCUUUAUCUUUCUACUCUUCGGCUUCACCACUACGAUGACAAUGUCCAUGAUCCUUCGCACCAUCGCCCAGUCGUCCAAGACAGUCCAUCAAGCCCUCGUCCCCGCUGCCAUCUUUAUCAUCGGCUUGGUCAUCUACGCUGGAUUCGUCCUCCCGAUUCGAAGUAUGAAGGGUUGGCUGAGAUGGAUUAACUAUGUCAACCCAAUCGCUUACGCCUACGAAUCUCUCGUCGCGAAUGAGUUCUCGGGUAGGUCUUUUAGAUGUCAGACAAUGAUACCUUCUGGUCCGGGGUACGAGAGCAUCGAGCCGAUGCAACGAACAUGUUCUGUUGCUGGUGCCCUGCCAGGUCGAGAUUUUAUCGACGGUGACUUCUUUAUUGGGACUGUUUACAAGUACCAGUACUCGCAUCUUUGGAGGAACUACGGAAUCCUAAUCGCUUUCAUCAUCUUCUUCACCUUCACCUAUCUCUUUGCAGCGGAGUACUUCUCGUCAGAAGCUUCGAAAGGUGAGAUCCUGGUAUUCCGCAAGGGGCAGAAGCCUCAGCGCAAAGAGGCAUCAGAUGAAGAAGCCGUCAGUUCAGAUUUACAGCCUCCGCGAGCGUCGAGCGACGACACGGUCCACCCACCGACUGAGAAACCAUCAAGUUCUUCUACCUUUUGCUGGAGGAAUGUCUGCUAUGAUGUUAAGGUCAAGGGGGAGACGCGCCGCAUUCUCUCGGACGUUAAUGGUUGGGUUCAGCCAGGAAAGCUGACUGCCUUAAUGGGUGCUACCGGGGCGGGCAAGACCACGCUUCUCGAUGUAUUAGCUGAUCGCGUCACCAUGGGUGUCAUCACGGGCGACAUUCUUGUGAAUGGAUUACCGCGCGGCAAGUCAUUCCAGAGAACCACGGGAUACGUGCAGCAGCAAGAUAUCCACCUCGAGACAUCUACCGUUCGGGAGGCCCUCCGUUUCAGUGCAGUUCUCAGACAGCCGACUGCUAUUUCCAUGCAGGACAAGAUUGACUAUGUUGAAGAGGUGAUCAACUUAUUGGAGAUGGGUCCUUAUGCAGAUGCUGUCAUAGGAGUCCCCGGUAAAGGCCUCAAUGUAGAGCAAAGGAAGCGCCUUUCCAUUGGUGUCGAGCUAGUCGCCAAACCCGAAGCCCUCAUCUUUCUUGACGAACCUACCUCUGGCCUCGACAGUCAAACAGCAUGGGCAAUCGUAUCCCUUCUCAAGAAGCUUGCGGACCACGGGUUAGCUAUUCUGUGCACCAUUCACCAACCAUCUGGCAUUAUCUUUCAGCAAUUUGACCGACUCUUACUUCUGGCAAAGGGUGGUAGGACUGUUUAUUUUGGCGAUAUUGGCGAGAAUGCCACUGCCUUGACGGGGUAUUUUGAGAGACAUGAUGCUAUUCGUUGCCGACCGGAAGAGAAUCCCGCUGAGUGGAUGCUCCACGUUAUCGGUGCUGCACCGGGUGCUCAUACAGACCGUGACUGGGUCGAGACCUGGAAAGCGAGUUCUGAGUUCCACGGUUUGCAGAAGGAGCUUGACAACCUGACUCAAUCGAGACAUGUUUCUAGCGAAGCAAACACAGAGGAUACCUCUUACGCUGCUUCGGUCUCACAGCAGUUCUUGGCUUGCACUCAGCGCGUUGCCCAGCAAUACUGGCGAACGCCGACCUACAUCUACUCAAAACUUCUUUUCAUUGGCCUCUCGUUCCAGAAUUCGCCGCUGUCUCUCCAAGGUCUUCAGAACCAGCUCUUCUCGAUCUUCAUGCUUCUCGUAAUCUUCGCAUUCCUAACCUACCAAACCAUGCCCGGGUUCGUCACCCAACGCACGCUGUACGAAGGACGUGAAAGGUCUUCCAAAACUUAUGCUUGGUAUAACCUUAUUCUCGCCAACACAGUCAUCGAGAUGGCUUGGAAUUCUGUGGCAUCUUUGGCAGUCUACUUGCCGUUCUACUUUCUCGUUGGUAUGUAUGACAAUGGUCGCAUUACUGAUACGCAGCAUGAGCGAGGGGCGUUCAUGUUUGUGUUGACGUGGGCGUUUAUGUUGUACGAGGGGACUUUCUCGCAUAUGUGUGUCGCUGGCGCACCAACUGCUGAGGUUGGAGCGACGCUUGGUUUGUUCCUGUUCAUGAUGUCUCUUGUGUUCUGCGGUGUUCUCGUCCCAUAUUCUGGCCUCCCUGGAUUCUGGACCUUCAUGUACCGCGUCUCUCCCCUGACAUACCUGAUCGGUGCCAUGAUCUCGAAUGGUGUCGGUAAACAAGAGGUCACCUGCUCAAAAAUUGAGUUUCUGCAGUUCCAAACUCCGGCAAACCUUACUUGUGGCGAAUAUGUCGGACAGUUCGUCCAAGCGGUAGGCGGUGCGCUAUCGAACCCGGGAUCGAACCAGACUUGCCUUUACUGUCCGAUUGCGUCAACUGAUACAUACCUUGGGACUCUGAGUAUUCGCUACAGUGAAAGAUGGAGAAACUUUGGUCUGCUGUGGGCCUUUAUCCUGUUCGAUGUCGUUGCAGCGUUAGUAGCAUAUUGGUUGAUCAGGGUUCCCAAGAAGGGAAAUGGAUUGUUGUUUUGGAAGAAGUAG